GGCUCAGUUUACGGAAAGAGGUGCCGGACCGUUUCGCGCGCGCCUACGAUUUUGGACGAGAAGAUCGAUCGAUCGAUCCGCACCGAAGAGAGUGUGGGUCGUGUUUUGGGUUCUGCGCGAUCGCGGAUCGCGGAACUAACUUAAGGUUCGAGGCGCGUGCUUUCAACACGGACAAUAUGUGAAAGGCUUUUACCCCGGGCCUUUUGCCUAAGUGAGUGUGCGGGUGUUUUGUUGUUUUGAGGAGUGUCAACAAGGGUGAAAAAAAGUUACAAAAAUAAAGGAAAGACGACCGAGACGACGUUGCAGAGACGUUUCGUGGUGCUUUGAGAAGCGAAAGAGAAAGAGAAAGAGGUGCUAUUAGCAAACCAAGGAACGGGUCAAGCGAGAUCACCCACCCACCGAAUAUUUUGGAGACUUAAAUGCCCGUAGAUGAGGGACCAAGUGACGAACCCCUUUCUUGCCACUCGAAGGAGGAUUUUUGGCUGCUGCCGGUUGUUGGUUGGAGCAGCGAUUAGAUAAUGAUUAAGCCGCGAUUAACUCACCGAAACACCGAUGACGAUUUCGAAGAUGAUGGCGGUUGCGCACCAUUAUUAUUGCUGUCGGUGGACCAAGAAGUGACGGAUCAGGGGGGAGUGAACGAAAUUUUUGAGUGUUGAUUAAUUCUUCAACGGGGGUCAAAAUGUAGACAAACGAGCAGCACGAGUCGUGGUUGCCAAAUUGCAGUUUUAUGGGGUUUUGUUUCUGUUGCGUGUUGAGUAAAACGAAGAUUUUCAAGCAUUUAUUUAGCAGUACACCGUAGCUUGUGGUGAAGUGUGAGUGUGUGGGUGUGGGGCCGUGUGAACGGUGUGUGCGUGUGCACGUGUUGUGCACAGGCGCGUGUGAAACCAAACAAUGAUGAUGAUGAUGAUGGGCCACCACAACCGAUUGAGCAUCGUGCUGCUGUUCGUGGUGCUAAUCGCGUGCAAAAAUGGCGACUCGGCCCGAUCGUCAUCGUCGUCCGGAAAUGGUGCAGCACCGGAAGUGAACCACCGUGAUACUCCUCGACGAGUGAGAAAUGCUAAUGUGGGUAGUGCUACUGGUGGGAGUGUCGUGGAUCAAUCGGUGAUGACACCGAGUCACAACAGUAACAACAAUGGGGGUCGCUCGACAAUGGUGAAAGGAUCGGGCGGUGCCAGUUUAACGACGACGACGACGACCGUUCCAUCGGUUUCGGUGGCGUCGCAACUGGCCGAUAGUAGAUCUUCGGUGUUGGCUUCGGUUGCUUCGGUCACGGAAGCCAGUGCCAUCGGAGAUGCUAGCAGGGAUGCUGAUGGUGAUGACGGUGGGAGUACUAGCAGUCUUAAAGCCUACAAGAAGAACUCUUGUAGCGAACUUCUCCUUCCAAUCUCUGAUCCCAGCAGUAGUCGUCGUCCAGCCUGGCUUUGGCGGUGGCAACGAGUAAAAUGCGAGCUUUUGAAUGCUAACUACAGUGUAGCAUCACGCCAUGAGAAAAGCCCUCUCGGUGAUAUACUUCAUCAAACCUCCACCCUGGGAUAA